AUGACGCCUAAGCGGUUUGCAGAAGUAUCAUUGAACGUUGCUCGUCAUAUAUCUGCAGACCUGGAAAGAAUAUACCGCAAUGUUGGGGCUUGGGUUUCCGGUCGACCUCCACCCCAGGGUCCUUCAGAGGGAACAUCCACCAUACCCCAGGCUACUCAGACACCGCUCCAUGCAACGAGCGAUCUCAUUCUACCACCAGGGUAUGUGCCAAACUACAGCCUCCAUGCUGCCCCCGGUACUUUUAAUAUGCAACCUCCAGUCGCACCGUUUAGGAACACCCCUCUAGUUGUGUCUAGUGCACCGGUAUAUACAAUACCACUGCCACCACCUGUAACAAGACCCAACAAUGAGCCACUACCUCAGGUUUAUGAUGGCCAAUACUACUCCCCAAAUAUGGCUUUCAGGGCCUCAGCUCCCUACAAUCAGACUCCUAAGUAUGAGUCACUAGUGGAAAAAAAAAAGCCUGCAAAGACAAGCCCACUGCAAUAUACAGUGUUCAAUUCUCAAUCAUAUGCUCGGCCUCCCAAUCAACAGGUACAGGCACCAGCUCCAAGGGCCCCCCGACCUCAGCAAAAAAAUUUCUGGGCACCCUACAAUGCUUGUCCCAGGAAGGAUUACGGUUGA